CUACCACGCCCGGCUAAUUUUGUAUUUUUAGUAGAGACAGGGUUUCCCCAUGUUGGUCAGUGUGGUCUCCAACUCUUGACCUCGUGAUCCGCCCGCCUCUGCCUUCCGAAGUGUGGGGAUUAUAGGCGUGAGCUACCGUGCCCGGGAAAGCUAAGCGUUUUCCUACAGAAGCCCCAGUAGAGCGAGCCAGGCUUCAGCACCCGCAUUCUGGAGAGAAAACAUUUACUCCACAACAGUGGUCCUUUUUGUUUUAAAUUAACAUCCCCGACUUUUUUUAUCUUUACCAUUUUUAUAAAAUGCCGCCUGCUUGCCCCUUGGCAGGCGUAGGGUUUCCUUGGGGCUGCUGUGACGAGGCAGCACUGUCUGGGAACAGCGGGGCUGUGCAGCUGCCAGAGCCACUGUGUGCGCAGCGCUUUCUGCAGCCACGGAGCAUCUUCUGCCGCAUCGCGCACUCAACUCAGGCAGGCGUCGGGAGUGAGGGCUCGGGGCACAGGGUCAGCGGCCGGGGCGACACCCUCCCUGCUGCGCAAGGAACAGAAGGGCUGGGCCAGGCGGGUGGGUUCUUGACUCCUGAGGGCAGCUGGGUGUCCUGCAGGGCAGACACAGAGGGGCUUGGCAGCAGGCAGGCUCCCCUGGCACGACCUCUGACCUCUGCCCCCUGCCCCUCGAGCCAACUUCCCUCAGGGCAGGAAGCCCAUGAGGACAGUGAGGGAAGCGCUGGAAGGUCCUCCCACUCAGAGGCCACCAGGAGGCGGCGCUUGCGGGGACGUGAUGGCCGCAGCCCUGGUAGGACAGGUCUCUGGCGCCUGAUGCAGGGAGUGGGUGUCAGCAAGGCCUUGGGCUGGGGUUUCAGCCCCGGCAUCUGGACAGGGCAGGAUGCUGUUGUUCACCCCCAGCGCCAACCAGCCCAGCUGUCUCACACUGUCAGCAGCCCAGUGGGCCCAUGGCAGAGGCACAGGCACGCCAUGGCCUGGCUGUCUGCUUUUCCUCGUGGGAGGGGGUUUAUGUGGCCAAAGCAGGCCCUGGUGUGGAUGGAUCUGGCCCCCCAGGCAUUGAGGGAGCGUGGGGUGUGCCUGCUUCCUCCACCCACAUCGCCCAUGGCCUCCCAAAGGCGCUGGCCUCAUUCCAGAUCCUGCAGCCACCUCCAGGCUCCACGAGCACCAACUCCCAGCGCCAUCCAGACCCAGAGGCAGCCAUCCCUGCCUAGAUGGUGACUAGGCACCAGCUCAGCUGUCACGGGUGCUGCCCUGGGUCCCAGGUCCCACCGCCUGCUGCCCAGGCACACACCCCCUGCGGCAGGUGACUCAGCCUGCUCCUGUGCUCUGCUGUGCCGGGCACCUGACUGCUCUAUGCCCCUCAUC